AUGCUCUUGUCGGGACUGUCAAAGUUAUCAAAGUCAUAUAAAAAAUGAAUCCUUUGCAAAUUAUGUGAUAUGUGAAGAUUUAAGUCCGGGUCGAUGUAAAAACUAUUUGUUUCACCAAACUUCAAUUGAAAGUAAUAUACAAAGAAUUGCGUUUCCCAAUCCAUUUCCGAACUCAACCUUGUCUCUCAAUUGCCCAUCUCUUCCCAAAUCAGUGUUCGAAAAUGUGUCUCAGUCUCAACGUACAGAACAUUUGAGCAGUAACGAUUUAAGUUAUACAGGAAAUCAGUCAGAGCAGAAAAAUGAUCUUUCCAGCAUCGGAAACCAUUCAGUCAGUACUGGACAUUUACCGAACAAUUGUAAUGAUAUGGACGAUUUCAAAGACCGACCAUCCAUUUCUCAUAGUGCACCACAGUUAAGCAGCAACAUACCACGUUGCAUCUGCAAGGAUAGUCCAAUUGUCUACGUAACAUUUGCUUCUGGAAGCAAGAGGCAUGAAGAUGAAAUAAGGGAUUUGUGUGAGCUAUGUGACAGAGCAGGAUUUACUGUUAAAUGUGACAGUGACAGGGCACUGAUGGAAAAUGGCGAGUUGAACGUUAAUCAGUGGCGGGAUAUUAACUUUCAGCGGGCUGCACUCGUUUUGUUCUGCAUUUCACCAGCUUAUAACGGAAUGGUUAAUUUGCUGGAGGAAGAUGACAUAGCCACAGCAGAAGAAAAUGAUCAUUUAAAGGGAGCUUUAUACAUUUUUAAUUUAGCUAGAGCUGAGCUCGUUGACUCUUACUCAAUUGAUAGGCGCUUUUUCUGUGUUUUGUUCACGAAUGCAGGAGGGAAGCUGGAAGUCCCGAGGUGCUUUACACCUUAUUCAAAGUUUAAAUUUCCUGGAGAGUCAGAAAUUCUCAUCAGUGCAAUGCAACAUCGUUAUAAACGUAAUCAAAGAAGACAAUAAAAAUUUACAAUACUUCAUUCCAUAUCAAUAUAACAA